UCUUGGGUACGGGCACUAUGGUGGUGGACUUAAAGCAGGUCGGUACAGAUGCUUGUGCAAGCGACAGGUUAAAUAUGUCAGCAAGCACAUCAGCUAGCUCUGAUGAGCAAACCCGAAGUGCACGUCCUGAGAUGUUGUCUGGCCCUGCUGCUUUUCGUGGGUUUGUUUUGUUUAGAACCCUGCGCACAUCAGCUGAUGUCACCAUGAGAGGUGAGUCCUGUGUGCUCCCCAGGUUCAGCCACCCUCUCUGUUCAUCAGGAGUUUGGGUGUCAAAGCGGGCAUAGAACUCAUUCAACUCAUCAGGAAGUGUGGUUUGGCUGGACGUGGCUACGCUACUCUGCUGUCGAUAGUCUGUGAUGUGCUGGAGCCCCGCCCACAUGCGCCGAGGGUCUGAGGUGGAAUAGUAGCCCUCCAGCUUCUGUCUGUACUGUCUUUUGGCCUCUUGUAUGGACCUCCUCAGGUCAUAUCUGGCCUUUUUGUAGUCAUCAGCGGUGCCCAUGACAAAUGCAGUCGAACGAGCACGUAGCUUAGCCCUUACAUCACAGUUCAUCCACUGUUUUUGGUUAGGGUAUUUUGUCUCACUGUCAUUCAUCAGCUUCCGGGAGGAGUGAUCACAUUUACUAAUUGCCUUUUCUUAUCACUUGUCUUUACUUAAUAAAUGUGUUGUAGAAUGAUCAAGCAUGCUUUUUUUUUAAAAUUUGAUGGAUUAUUUUGGCUUUUUGGUCAUGGUUCAUUAGCUUGUGGGAGGAGCAAUUGCAUUAAUUGACUUUUCUUUUGACUUGUCUGCAUUCCGCGCAUGAACAUACUGUUGAGUGAGCAAGCGUUUGGUGUUUUUGUCUCACUGGUUGUCACUAAUCAGCUCCCAGGAGGAGUGAUCGCAUUCAUUAGCGGCCUGUCUGACUUGUCUUUACUGGUGAUAAAUGUGUUGAGGAGUGGUCAAGCAUACUUUAUAUUUUCAUUUGAUGGAUUACAUGGUUCAUUAGCUUGUGAGAGGAGCAAUCCCAUACUGUUGAAUGAGCAAGUGUGCCAUGUUUUUGACUUGAUGGAAUAUUGGAAGUCUUUCCCUUCUGGGACCUCCUGUCCAUCCAAAAAGAUCACUGGAUGUUUUUUUAGGGCAAAAAUGUAAAAUUUUUAGACUGAAGACGCGCCCACAAGUGACAUGUGCUUUCAUGAGAAUGAGUCCAAUAAGACCAGAAAAAGUUUCUAGAUUUUGUCGCUAUUCAGAAAAAUAGUAUCUAGACGGGUGUGAGUAUACCUUGGGUUACCCAGCAUGCCUUGCGGUAGGUGUUUAUGGUGAUGAUGUGUGUGUGAAAGAGGAGAUAAAAGACAUUUCAUUGUUAGCCACGGAGGCCAGGCUGUUAAAAAAAAAAGUACAGUCUUGCCAAGAAUAUCUCCUUUCUUUUGAGGCAGAAAAAGAUGAAAAGUUCCAUGAGCAAAGUGAGGGAAGACGAGGGAGUAGAAGCAAACAGCAGCUACUUUUCACCAAAUAUGCGUCAGGAUUGAGAGUUUCUGUCAGUGCAGGAUGUGAGGAGCGAGUCCAACACGAAGCAGAGCCAUCUUUUCCCUGCACUUCGUCCAAACACGAGGCCCGUUAGAGUGGGACAGGAUGGGGCCAGCGUGGGAUUGUAGCGCUGCAGCCCCACCUGCUGAGGUCCAGAGCCCCUCUGUAGCCUGCAUUAUGCUCCAGCCGCCCUUCCCAUCCACAAUUCAACUGCACAUCAACGCCGAUGUGGACCCCAGAGCUGCUGUUGGCCGUCUUUCCCUCGGUUCUUCCCGCCACAACAAAAGAAACGACAGAGCGAGCUGAGGAGCAUCAACCAAUCAAUAACACGUUACUUUCAUCGCCAUUGUUUAUGACUACACAGGAAGCUAAAUAGCUAGGCAGCCAGAAAAGAGACUUGUGGUUGCUCUGGUAGAGAAUUACAUGUCAGGCUAUCCACUUCAUGGCUUCACUCCAUCACUCUUUUUAAAAACUUCUAUUCAUCAAUAAGUUGAAUACAUCUCAUUUUUACUCCAAAAUAUUCUAAUUUAAGAAGAUGAUUCAGAUUUCUUUGCCUACACUAAGUAUUUAAGACUUAUUGUGAAAUUGUUGUUGUUGCUUAAAAAUGCACACAUUGCCUGUACUUGUAUUCAAUGUUUAAAUAUAUGAUGUGGCUCUCAUGGAAAUUCAUUGUAAGAUACAGCACGUGUCUUUCAUGGCUCUCCCAACUCCCCGACCCCUCAUCAUCUUCAGCUGAGAGCGGUGCUGAGGCUGCGGCAUCGAGCGCUCGUCUUAUCAGCGCACAGGAAGCAGCGAGUGAGUGCUCUCAUGUCAGAUUUGGAACAGACCCGCACAGCCAGAUCUGGAGCGCUUAAAGGCUCCGCAAACAGGAAGUGCCACAGUGUUGCUCUCUGAUGACAGAUGGAGGAGGAGAUAGCGAGAUCUUCUGAUGCGUAAAUAUCCUGCGGUGUGCCAAGUUGGACUUUCUCCCUCCGUAAGACAACAAGAUGUGUGUCACAGAAGGGCCGCCGGUCUCACUCGUAAACAGGAAGUUGCUGGUUUAAGCCCCCCCCCCAGCAAACUAACAAUCCCCCCAUACAGCACUGAUAUCACUAACAAUCCCCCCAUAUGCACUGAUAUCAUUAAUAAACCACCCCAUAUGGCACUGAUAUCACUAACAAUCCCACCCAUACGGCAGUGAUAUCACUAACAAACCACCCCAUACGGCACUGAUAUCACUAACAAUCCCCCCCAUACGGCACUGAUAUCACUAACAAUCCACCCCAUACGGCACUGAUAUCGCUAACAAUCUACCCCAUACGGCACUGAUAUCGCUAACAAUCCCCCCAUACGGCACUGAUAUCACUAACAAUCCCCCCAUACGGCACUGAUAUCACUAACAAUCCCCCCAUAUGCACUGAUAUCAUUAACAAACCACCCCAUACGGCACUGAUAUCACUAACAAUCCCCCCCAUACGGCACUGUUAUCACAAACAAGAACACAGUGGACCAACUCACAUCCACACCAGCGUCAUACAUUCCCCACACACACAACUCUCCAUACUUUUCUCUUUGACGCUAAAUGAGCAGAACGAGCAGCCGUUUUGUCAAAGUAAGGAUUUAUUUGAAGGCGAGCGCACGACGCAGGGUGGCGGAACAAGGGUGGGCCAGAGACAGGAAGGUGCAAUCCGAUUACUGGGACUCAAAUCAAUGAAGAGGAAAUGGCCAGUCGAAGCGUUUAUGCUUGAGUGCUGACGCACACACGCCACAAGUCUUUUUUUGGAGGAAGAUGGCGCCCUGCGUGACCUGCCCUCACGCAACCCUUAAACCAGAAGCAAAAAGUGUCGUCACACCAACAGAACAUUUCCACACUAACGUGAUACAAAUAGAAUUCAUCUGUUCCACCCUCAAACUCUCACCGUUACAAAGCCUUUAUUCCCAACAAUGGAAGCGUGUUUGUCACCCCUGUGAGUACUUUUACAUUGACAAGCGUGUUACAGUAAUCCCAUCCCUCCUCUAUGGCAAUUCAAUGGUUCCACACCCCACCCUCAUACGUCCUUUUCCAAGUACGAUUUUCUAAGUACAAUUCUUCUUUAUCAAUGGAAUAUUUUGCUAGUUAGCGCAUACAAAACCUGUUUAGCACCUUCUAAAUACAUUUUUUAACAUGAUUGGAGCACUCUACAUAUGAAAUAACACCCCUAUAGUCACCUUUACACUCCUAUUACCCAAUAUAGUAGACAUCAUAAGAGAAAAUAAGACAUAGAAAACCUGUUUACCACCUAAAUAUGUUUUGUAACAUGAUUAGAGCCCUCUAGACAUGAAAUAACACCCCUAUAGUCACCUUUACACUCCUACUACCCAAUAUAGUAGACAUCAUAAGACAAAAUAAGAUAUAUAAGAUAUAGAAAACUUGUUUACCACCUAAAUAUGUUUUUUGACAUGAUUAGAGCCCUCUAGACAUGAAAUAACACCCGUAUAGUCACCUUCACACUCCUAUACAGUAGACAUCAUAAGACAAAAUAAGACAUGUUAGCAUUGGGGGAGUUCCUUGUUAUUCUUUUUUUUUUUUUUUUUUUUACUUCCACUUGUGUACUGUAUUGUCCCAUCAAUGUAACAUUACUGACACCUAAUGACAAGUGUGCAAUACUACAUACAUAUCACCACAAAUGUCUUGGAAUGCAUUUUCUGAAUGUCUCAUAUUUUAUUUGACUUCAUUUUGCCAUUUUUAUCCUUGAAAAUGCUCCAUUUAGGCCAAAAAUACAUACCAUUUUCAAUGUAAAUAGCAACAUUUCAAUUCCUACAUAUGCAUAUUUUGGACUAGUAAUGGGCCACACACGUCCAGCCUGAUUUAUUCAUGGAUGUAUUUCUAUAUAAAAGCAUGAUAGAGUGAAGCUGUGAAAUUCCACACGCCAAGUGGCAAAGGAUUCAAUUCAUUCCAUUUUCUUGCACUUAUCCAGGUGUGGGUUGCAGGGGCGGCAGUCUGUAGGCAAGUCCAGACUUCCUGGUCCUCGGCCACCUCCUCCAGUUCCACCGGGAGGACACCAAGGCGUUCCCAGGCUAGCUGUGAGACAUAAUCCCUCCAACGUGUCCAUGUUCUCGCCUGGGGCCUUCUUCAAUGCCUGAGCCACCUCAACUGUUUCCUGUCCUGUGAAGGAGCAGCGGCUUUGCCUUCCGGCUCAGCUCUCUCAUCACCACGGCGGUCCGGUACAGCGACCGCAUUACUGCAGACGCUGCACCGAUCCGCCUGUCCACCUCACGCUCCAACCUUCCCUCACUUGUGAACGAGACCCUGAGAUACCUGGGGCAGGACCUCAUUCCCAACCCACCCUCUUCCCACUGAGAACCACGGCCUCAGAUUUGGAGGUGCUGAGUCUCAUCCCAGAAGCUUCACACUCAGCUCAAACCCCCCAGUAAAUGCUGAAGGUCAGAGCCCAAUGAUGCCAUCAGGACCACAUAGUCUGCAAAUAGCAGACCAGAUCCUAAGGCCCCAGAACUGGACUCCCUUGACGGCUUGGCUGUGCCUAGAAAAUGUGUCCAUGAAAAUGAUGAACAGAACGGGUGACAAAGGGUGGCCUUGCCAACCAGGCUCCUGCUUUGCUUCUACAAGGACCCAAUGGCACGUCACGGUGGGCCACCAAUUCCAUACUCUCGGGGCACCCCCCACAGGACAGCGAGGGACACGGUCCAGUGCCUUUUCCAAGUCCACCAAGCACAUGUAGACCGGUUGGGCAAACUCCCAUGUGCCCUCCAGCACCCUUGCAAGGGUACAAGCUGGUCCAGGGUUCCGCCACCAGGACCAAAACCACAUUGCACCUCCUGUAGCGUGGCAAGGGAUGGACAUGCUAUCAUGUUAGUCCCCAAACUUGUCCAAUAGGACCACUAAAAGAGGCUACAUUUGUGGUCGUUGCCUUUUUGAAAAACAGAACGUAGCCGGGUCGUGACACUUUCUAACUAAGUUGCUAAGUCGGCAACGCUGAUCCCUCCUGCUACGUCCUCUUAUUCCCUGGCAGACCAGGUGUGUUAAGAAGAAGAGUUACCAUGCCAUGUGCUGUGGUCCCCUCAUAAUGUGCUUAUGAGCGAGGGCCAACAGGUGGCGCCACAUUUAUUUGUGGCAGUCCACCAAAGAUAAAUGAAUGGAUGGAUGCUAAUCACGGCUGUCCUGUUUUUAUAAAGGUUGUCAUCACACAUUCACCAAAAAUACUGUUUCCUUUUUACUUUUGAUUGUUUUACUAGUUUGGAAAGUGAAAUGUGUUAUAUUUGUAAAUAAAGGGGAUUGGAUCGAAAAAAGAAAAUUGGGCGGCACGGUGGCCGAGUGGUUAGCAUGUUGGCCACACAGUCAGGAGAUGGGGAAGACCUGGGUUGGAAUCUCUGUUGGGCAUCUGUGUGGAGUUUGCAUGUUCUUCCCGUGCGUGCGUGGGUGGGUUUUCUCCGGGUACUCCGCAAAACAUGCAUGUUGAAAGGUGGCAUUCAAAAGUCCAGCAGUUGACAAGCAGCACAACUGACAUAAUAAUAUAAUAAUAAUAAUAAUAAUAAUAAUAAUAUGACAUUCCUCCAGAUAAGAGGAGUCUAUGUUGAGGCAUUCCUACUGCUUGGUGGAAGUGAGCAUUGCUAGAGCGCUGCACUUGUUUCCCAGGUUACUAAUCUCCAGGCAUCUGGAUCUCUUGGGGGAGUCCUUGCUUGUGGGCCAGCGAGUAGACACAAAGGCUCAUUCUGUCAGCAACAAAAGGCCAAAUGAAACCCCAGCUGGACUGUCCUGGCUGGGCUCGAUUCCCACAUCAUUCUCAAGACAAACAUUUCAAGAAAAAGCUUAACCUAGAUUCCUACAAACAGAAAGUUACAUGAACAAAUAGUUUGGCUCAGUCUGCUCAUCACACUUUGAUGCCAGGCUGGAGAAUAAGCUUUAUUUCCCACGCGUGCCGCCCGUUAUCCACUCUUCUCUUUCAUGUAGAAACGUGAGCAUUUUCAACGAAGGAUCCAAUUAUAUCACGUAAUGAACAUUCACCCCUCAGCUUCCACACGUGACCCCCAGCCCACCCCGUGCAAAACAACACUCUCAACCCGAAAGCAUCAUGGAAUGACACUUACGCAGUCCUACGUGUCCCAAAAGGACGACUACAUUGGGGGGUCCUUCAAGUCCGAUCUCAUUCAUUCAGAUCAGAAAAAGACAACAAGCGGAAACAAGUGGUUUCAUUUAUUUACUACUGUUUAGCCUUUUUACACACUUCAAAAAAUAUAUAAAAACAUAAAGUGCCGCAUUUUGGGAUUUUUCAUUAUAUCGCCCUCGGUGGAAAAAGUUUGGACACCCCUGCUUUGCAUCAUCUAAACAUGAACCUUGUUUCCUCUCAACAAUGCUUUUAAAAGGGAUUUAAAGCUGUCUAGCACUCUUUCUAUCAUUAACAUGCGUAUUUAAUCAUAAUAUUUCCACCCAACAAUGCUUUUAAAAGGGAUUUAAAGCUCCCUAGCACCCAUUAAAUAUGUCUAUAAUAAAAAUGUAAAUGUCAUUUCCACUCAACAAUGCUUUUAAAAAUUAUUUAAAGCUAUCUAGCACCCUUUCUAUCAUUUAAAUGUAUAUUUUAAAAAAAAUUAUUUCAACCCAACAAUGCAUUUAAAAAGGGAUUUAAAGCUCCCUAGCCCCCAUUAAAUAUGUCUAUAAUAAAAAUGUAAAUGUCAUUUCCACUCAACAAUGCUUUUAAAAGGGAUUUAAAGCUCCCUAGCCCCCAUUAAAUAUGUCUAUAAGACAAAUGUAAACAUUGUUUCCACCUAAGAAUGCUUUUAGGAGUGAUUGAAAUGUAUCUAGCACCCUUUGCGUGCUUUCAACAUGGGUUGUUGAGCAGUGACAUGAGUGGAUGUUUACCGGUGCCCAGUGUUGUGUUGCAGGACCAGUCCGCGGAUCUGACGGGCUUCCAGCAGGACUCCCACAGGGACAGGUAAUACUGGUCCUCGGCUGUGACCCACGCCGGACUCAGCAGGGCUCCGGCAUCCAGACAGAGGGCGAGGAAGACGCACGCCAGCCCCACCAACUUCAGGGGCGUCAAAGUCGACACCCGCACCUCCUCUGUCCCACUCACGGAGGAAGCCAUCAUCUUUAAGGUGUCUUGCCAGUCAUGAAAAAUAUUUGAAAACGCAGCUGUUCCGUGCAGGGAAGGGGAGAUGCUCCCGCUCUUCCUGGACUCCGGAGGACGCUUGACCCGCUACUGCUGAUUGACGAGGAGCGCUGGCAUAAACACGCGGUGCGGCACCUGCUGGGUCCUAGCGCCGAUAUACGUACUUCCCAGCAAGUAAUUCAUUCACUUUCUCCCAAUGGUUCUCCAACAGGGGCGGUCGGAUCGAGUCAAGAAUCGAUAGCAUCGAUACCAAGAGUAGUGUCGGAUCGAUACUGGCGUGAUGAGAUCAACAUAUAACGUGUUUUUGUCGUGUCGCUCAUGCUGUUACAUUGUUGAUAUUGAUAUUGUUGAUAUUGAAUGUGGCCGAGUGGUUAGCAUGUUGGCCACACAGUCUGGAGAUGGGGAAGACCUGGGUUGAAAUCUCCCUUGGGCAUUUCUGUCUGGAGUUUGCAUGUUCUCCCCGUGCAUGUGUGGGUUUCUCCGGGGACUACUGUCAUCGCCGCUGCUGACCUGCAGCACACACAGGUCAUGGGUCAUCCGUGGUCAUUGCAAAUUGUUGCUCAUUCCAUCGACUGACACGGAAUGUUAAGCAAAAGCUAAAUCAUCAGGAUGCAACCCAGCAACUACUGCUUUUUCCGCAGCAGUCAAUAAGCAAGCUCAUUACUUCCUGGUAGGCAGGAGAAACGUAGAAAAGGUGAGAUUUUACACCGUCUUCUUAUCAAACCAGUCAACGUUGAUUUGGUUUUCCCGUGGAAUGGUGGCAUUGUUAGAAUGUUGAUGGUUUGGUUGGCAUUUGCCUAAAAAGAAAUGUGACUUUAGUUAAGGUGAUCCAUCCAGCAUAAAAGCUCCCAGGGUAGACAUCCACCUGUCACCUUUUCACUGACACUGGGUCACAUGGGGAUAGCGCAGGCUCCCAUCGCCAUGGAAACCAGUUUUCAUCUGUGUCAUACUACCUCACUUGAUGCUCUGCUGCUCCAGUUGGGCCAAAAUUGGGUCACUUAAAGUUAGGAUGGUGUCAGCUGUGGAUAGCAGCUUACCUGAGAAUACAAAAGACAUCAUUUGUCGUAAAAUAACAACAACUGACAACGCUAGCAGAAGUAGCCAUUAGAAGUAGCUGACAUGUUUACUUGGAACUUUGGUGACGUAAUAAAUGAUUUUUUUUUCAUCAUUUGUGCAUAUUUUUAUUGUGAUAAGCACGUGUUUUGGGGGCUUGUGGUCCUGCAGCGUUUUCACGUUGCAUUUGUUUUAUGUGCCUUUGGAUCAUUACUAUGUUUGGACGUUGCUUUGCAUUUGCUGCAAAAAGCACAAUUUUGAAUCCAUCUCUUGCACUGGAUGUGCAGCUUUACUUUUUGAAACAUUAGUAUUUGUUUUAUUUUUGAAAACAAAAAUAAAAAAAUAAUACAAAGAUAACAGACACUAACAUUUGACAAUCCCAAACAAUAAUAAUUGGUGUCCAAAAAUUAAUGAAUUUUUAUUUGCUUCAUUUAAAUGUAAUUAUUAGUCACCUUCAAGAUCGAAGACGUCUUUUAUGCCUGGACAAAACAGAAUUUACUUUAUUAAGGCACAUGAGAAGGCGUGUAAGUAUCACGUCUAAAAAGCAGUAUUGAUUUUUCUAGUGUUCGUGAGAGCAUCAUGAAAGUGUGUGCUGUCCCUUUAAAUGACGGUCGUUUCAUUGGACGCCUGGAAGCAAACAAGAGGUGUGCCCAUGCGCACGGACCAUAGCAACACUCCGGGGGCCGCAGAGUAGGCGAGGCAGUAGUGAAAGCGCAUUCUGGAGAGCGAAGACGGGCGGGGGUCAGCAACCUUUAGCCUCAAAAGAGCCGCUUGGGUCCAUUUCCACCAAAUGAAAACCCACUUGGAGCCACAAAAGCUACCGGAGCGCCACGUUGAAGAUAAAGCCCCCCGCCCCCAGAGGGACUUGCAGGAAAGAUGGGGAGUGUGUUCCUGCCGGCGGACGUGGCCCACUCGGUGCUGCGGCGGCUGCGCAGGGCCAACUUCCUGCUGGAGGAGCUGAAGCAGGGUAACAUCCAGAGAGAGUGCCGCGAGGAGAUCUGCACCUACGAGGAGGCCCGCGAGGCUUUCGAGAACGACGAGAAGACGAGGCGCUUCUGGGAGGAGUACGUACGUGAGAGCAGCCCAUCAGGAGGUCUGGAGUCGGUGGUGGGCGGAGUCCACUCUCUCUACCUGAUCGUGCCGCUGCUGACGGUGGUGUUCAUCAUCGGCGCCGUCGCCAUCACCGUGUGGCGCUGUCACUCCCGCAAACGCUCGCAGCACAGCCCCGGCCCGGACCGCUCCCACCAUCACGACCACGUCCUGUCCGUGGUCUCCAUGGACCACUGGGGGAGGGAUUACCACCCAGGCGACCACUCAGAACUCAGCGUCCACAGCAGCCCCGCUUACCCCGGCUCAGAGGUCAUGUCGGGGCGAGGCAGCGCCGGCGACCCGCCGCCAUCCUACGAGGAGGCCGUGGGCCACGCAGACGUACAUGUAGAGACGGAGCCUCCGCCACAGUAUGAUGACAUCAUCACCAGCAACAGCAGCAGAAGCCAUGGGAAGUAAAAUACCUCACUUGGACCUCCUCACCAGCCGUCCUCCACACUUUACACACUUUACCAGGAAACAUCACGAAGCAUCACGAAGCAUCACUUAGAAUCAUGAAGGGUCAUGAAGGGUCAUGAAGCAUGAUGAAGCAUGAUUGAAGAUUGAAGAGUUUUCUUGUCAUAUGCAUAGUAAAACAGGUAGUUAUGCUACGCAAUGAAAUUCUUAUUCUGUUCAUUCUCCCAAAAAAAGAGAAAGACAACACAAGAAAAAGAAUAAGAAACAUUAAUACCAAUAAAUGAAAAGCAACAAGCACAGAGAGGCAAAGCAUGCAACGUUUGUACUGACGUCCUGCUGGGGAGGAAGGGUGGUGUCACGCACAUGAGGCCAGUAUGAAGCAUGAAGGCUGGUGAGGGUGUUGGUGUUUUAGUGCAGGUCAGGUCAUGUGAUGAUGUGUUGCAUCAUUGACUGGAGUGCAAGUUUACAUUUAUUCUUACUUUGCCAAAUUGGAAGUCGAUUGGUUGAAGUGCUAACUAUUUUGGGGGGGACGUGAUGACAACAUUGUAAGAAGUUAUGGAAAAUUCAAGCAAAAAAAAAGAAAGUAUAUGCUUAUAGUAAUGAUGGGGGGCUGUCCACACGCAAACGUUGUCAUGUGAAAGUGGAAGUGCAUGCAAAGUUUGAUGCGUUCAAGCGGCUUCUUGCUGACGAUGAAUCGACUCUCAACUGUGAAAACGUUCAUACGCCACAAAGCAUCACUGACUCAGCACUUCCUUCUUUAAGUGCACUUGAAGGAGGUGCUUGCAUAGGAAGAUGGGACGAAAGGCAAUAAAGGCCCUCAUUGCAGGGUAAGGUUCUUGUAUUUCAUGGGAUGUGUAUAAAUACGUAGUGUGAUACUCAUGGAACCAUACUAGCUCAUCAAUACAUGAAGGCACUUUGUACAAUGAAAUGCACACUUAUCAGUGACAUUGUCUUCAAGAGGGAACUACACUAGAAUGGAACAUAAAAUGCAAUCCAUUUCAGCUACGUUGGUGGUGCUCAAACUGCGGUACUGGUGGUACGCAGGCGCCAUCUAGUGGAACACCAGAGAUUUUCUUUAAAAUAAAAUGACAAAAUUGAGGUGGUACUUGGUGUAAAAAGUUCGAGGACCAUCGCUGUUGACUGCUUCACACACGAGCAGUAAUUACUUGCAGUUUUUGUUUUUGUUUGUUGUGAGUUGACCUGUGAACAUCAACAUGUAUGCCACCUUGAGAGUUGUGUUGGUUGCCAUUUGUACUCACAUAGUUCUCAUGUUACUCAAUGCCUUAGCCAAGAUACAUGCUGUGUAUAUCAUAAGACAACACAAAAUGCAAAGGAAGCCUGGAAGAUAUCCUUAUUAAUAUGCACAUUUGUAAUAAAACAUCAAACGUG